AUGGCUUUUAAAGAUAUUGGAAAGACACUCAUGGCACCCGAGGUUACAAUUCACCGAAUUAGGAUUAACCUCAGCAGCCAUAAAAUGAAAUUUAUGGUGAAGCUGUGUCCUGACUUGAUCAGAGGGGCAAAGAAAAAGAAUCUACAAGUGAAAGGAUUCAUUUGCUUGCCUACUAAGACCUUGAGAAUCAUUACAAGAAAAAUGCCCUACUGGACCCCAGAAACACCUUGCAGCAAAGGUUCCAAGACAUGGGGUCAUUUCGAUAAGCAUCUUUAUAAGUGACUUACUGAUUUGCAUAGUCCUUUUGAGAUUGUUAAACAAAUUACUUCCAUCAGUACUGAGGCAACAGUAAAGGUUAAAAUCACCAUUGCAGAUUCCUAUAGCAGCCAACAGGAGCAGGGAUAUGCUGUCAAGUAA